UGGAAGGCGACAUAUAAAAUCAAGUUGUAAUUUUAAAAAGUCGAUUCAAUUAAUUUGGGAGAAGAAUGAUAUAAAUGUUUUACAAAUAUUUAUCAUCCGUUCAUACUGUUCGUCAUUACGAAGAACUUUCGAAUUCUGUAAAUAAGAAACAAUAUUCUACUGCAGAAUAUUAUCCAGUCCACCAGGAAACAACUGACAGAAAUAGUUAUUUUACUCGUCCAAUCAUUUAUACAACAACAGCCGUAACAACAACAGCCGCAACAGCAGUUGUAACAUCAACAACAACAAUAAAAACAACAACUACAACAACAACAACAACAACAACAACAACAGCAACAAGAGCAACAUCAACAACAACAACAACAACUACAACAGCAACAACAACUAAUAAAACAACAAAACCUGUUAUAACUAUCCCGCCAUCAGUGCCCAUUCAGAACAGUUUAGAGUACUUACAGGAUACAAUGAUUACUAUCAAGCCAGGCUUUGACAACAACAUCUUCAGUUCAACAACAACAGAGCUUCCAGUAGACGUUAUUCCUACUAGAAGACUUCCAACCCUCUCUGAAGGAAAAAAAUUUUAG